AUGCAACAUUAUAAAUUAGUCAAGCACGCUCCCCCACUCAAAUACUCGUAUAAUGAUUCACGAACAGUAGUUCACAUAAAGUCCUCUACUCCAUUUAUGUCGGCAGCGAAACGAAUACUGAAAAACAUAGAUUAUUUUGAUCAUAAAUAUACGAAAAAAGGAAAGCCAAUACCAAAUCAGAACAAGUUAGUAUCAUAUAUUGUUGUGCGCGGAAUGGGGAAAGCAAUUUCCAAGGUUACUAAUCUUGCUCUCUACUUUGAUCACGAGCUGGGCUACAAAGUUGAAGUUUUUACCAAGACAGUAGAGGUUCUUGAUGAGCUACAAAGCGCGAAUGACGAUGACGUUUACCAACGAAGGAAAGUUUCGUGCUUAGAAUUGCAUAUAGACCUUCAGAAAAAGGAACCACAGUCCGAAUCAUAG